AUGCUCUUACAAGUUGGUGUUUUCCAUGAUAUUGAAAUUGUAAAAUCAUUAGAGGAAGAUAUUAGGUGUUUUAUUGAUGGUGUUGAUUUCAGCAGAUCGUUUUACCCUUCCACUUUCCGUGUUGAUGAAUUGAAAAGUGAGAUUUCAUCAAUGAUUUUAGAUUGUUUUGAUACAGAUCUCAGUGGAGAAUGCACAAAUUUCAUUGAACAGAUAGUUUCAGAUAGAAUAGAUCUGUAUCUAGAUUCAAUUUUCCCAGCUGAGCCUCUUGUUGAUUUAGAGAAUAUAGAGAAUAUAACACUGUUGUUUAAAAAUUCAAAACAUCUGGCCAAAACUAAAAGGGCAUCAUCAUCAGAAACAAUAAAGAAAAUUAAACCGGGUAUCUUGAAAACUAUCAAUGAACUUGAUGUUUUUUACAAUUCAAUUGAGCGUGUGCUAUUUAAACAUGAAAAAUACCUUGAGGUAUUCAUGUUGCCGAAAAGUGACCAAAUCGAAAUUAUUGAGAGGAUAAUCAAAGAUACAUUAUUAGCUCAUGAAAACUAUGAUAAGUGUCAUUUAAUACCAUAUGUUCACAUAUAUUCUGUUAUAUUCAUAGAGGAUAACAUAAGUGAAUUAUCACGUUAA